UAGAAGUAUUCCUUUCACAUGAAAGUGAGACUUGAGUAUAGCUUAUGAUACUAUUUUACGACUAAAGCCACGUGUUAAAACACCUAUUGUAAACUCCCAAAUUAAUGGCAUGUGAACAGAAGUUUUGCCAUGUCCUACAAAGUUAAUACCAUAAAAAAUUAUCUUUUGCUUUCUUCCUGUGCAAAUAUAGCAAAUUUCUAGCCAUUAGAGAUCUUUGUGAUAAAAAGGCCCAAAACAUUCUAAAUUUUUGAAAUUCUUAUAAGAUAUAGUUUAACUCUUCUGACUAAAUUGAAAUUCUUAUAAGAUAUAGUUUAACUCUUCUGACUAAAUGUCUUCUUCCAUUUUAACCUGUUUCUGAUUGGGUUAAGGUUCUAAAUGUAUUUAAAAUACCUAGUACCCAGGUGCACCUGGCUGGCUUAGAAGAGCAUGCAACUCUUGAUUUGGGGGUCAUGAGUUCAAGUACCAGAUUAGGUGUAAAGAUUACUUAAAAUAAAUGAAUAAACUCCGGUAGGGCUGCCACCCAUGGGGCCACAGCCUUCUUGCCCGCCCACUCCAUGCACACAUGGCAAAAAUGUCCAGCCCUACUGAGACUGAGCAGUGCAUCGAGUCUCUGAUUGUUGUUUUCCAGAAGUUUGCUGAAAAGGAGAGUAACAACUGCAUGCUCUCCAAGGCAGAGUUCCUAACCUUCUUGAAUACAGAACUGGCUGCCUUUACAAAGAACUAGAAGGACUUUGGUGUCCUUGACCACAUGAUGAAAAAGCUAGACCUCAACUCUGAUGGGCAACUGGAUUUCCAAGCAUUUCUUAAUCUUCUCGGUGGCAUGGCCAUGGCUUGCCAUGACUCCUUUUUAAGGUCUACCCAUUUCCAGGAGUAAAUCUAAGGAACUUCUUGGGCCUGGCCUCCAGAUCACCCUCCUUCCUGCAAAGCAGCCUCCCAAUCAUCACUUUUCCUCACAUCCUACAUGGGCCCUGGCCCAGAGUGUCCACCGCCCUUUGCAUCCAGUCCUGCUGGUACUUAAUAAAGGAAUAGUGUUGUGUAAAACACAGUUAAUAAACAAAGUUUUUAAAAAUUCAGUUCUCAGAUUUUCCAAGUUCAUUUGUUUUUAAAAUUACAUCUUUCUUUUUUUUUUUUUGAUAGCUUUGUAAUAAAAAGAAUAAGUGGUUGUCACAAUAACUUGGAAAAUUCAGAAGAUGUUUCCAUCACUCAUAAAACCACCGUGUCCAUAAUUCCAAAAACAGGAUUAGACCACAUUUCAUCAUGUAUACUUCCAGUCUUUUUUCUAUGUAUCAUAUUAUGUAAUU